GCAGCCCGCCCCGGAGCGUGGCCCGGGCUGCGCAGUCAUGAUCACCACCGAGGCCGCGGCGGAGUCGGCCAUCUCCGCGGUGCCUGGCGCCGCGGAGGCGGUCGGAGCCCCGGAGAGCGAGGAGCCGGCGUGGCCCUGGAAAGAUGCCCCGCUUGGGACGCUGGUACAGCGCAUCCACCAGUUGCAGGCUGAGCGCGCCCGGGCCUUCCGCCGGCUGGAGGAAGGCCACCUCCAGUACCUGCGCAGCCGUCCGAACCACGACUUCCCGCGCUACCGGAACACAGUGCACGAGGUGACCCAGGCCUUCGCCGCCGCCUCGCGGGAGGUGCUAGCGGUGGAAGCGGAGCUGGCCGGACCUCGCGCGCAGCCGCUGCUCGCCAGUCACGUGCGCAACCUGCAAGAGUUGGAGCAGACGCGGCUGGCCACGGUGGCCCUGCUGCAGCUGAUGGGGGCUCCAGAGCUGAUGGAGCAGGAGGACACUGCACAGAUGGACCAGCUGAAGAUGAAGGUAAUUAAAACCAUGGAAGCGAUCAGCGAAGUUCUUCAGGACCUCAGGUUUGAUGCGGAAUCUGCUGAGUGAUGGUGGCUCCCCAGGGAUGCGCCGAGGGAGAUGAGAGAUGGGGCGAAGGGUGCCCUGCCCAGCCCUGACCUCCAGCUGGCCAGGGCAGUGCCCUCCUGGGCUGCUGACCUUCCUCCAGUUCUAUCCACCUCCCACAAUAAAGAACCCUUCCUCUGCA